AUGAUCAAUUUCACGGGGCUGUCGAAGAAGCGAAUAGUCAACUUGGGUGACCGUCGGACCGGGCCUGCGGGAGCCAACUUCUUGGAGCAAUCCCGGCUCCAGCGUCUCCAGCGGGAAGAACAGAGGCAAAAAGAGAAAGCAGCCAUACUAUUACAAAGCAGGAUCCGGAGAUAUCUUGCCUUAACCAGCGAGGCAAAAGCGUUCAGAGCUGACUGGCGAAGUCUUGCUCCCGACAGCCACUGGAGCCUGCGGUUCCAAUUUGUGGCUAAAUGGUGCUUUUCGUCACAGCCGCUCCCAGACACCCAAACCGAUCUCACCAUCUUAUGGGACAAAUUGGACGAUUCUGGCAUCAGUACCAGUGACGCCACCAUCGUGUUGCACACGUUGGUGUUCUUCAUCUACCAAUCGGACCGUAUUAUCGCCAACGACCACGACAGAGCGAGUGUCAUACACCUCGUGGUCCAGUGCAUCAACAAGUGCUUGGACAUCGUCCAGCUUUCGCCUGGUGGGUUGCAAGUGGUUGAUUUGGACUCCUUCAGCCUCCAUCUAAUCGAGGGGCUCAUAGCCUUCCUCAGACGCAUGGAUGGCCACGAACCCAUCGAUUCCGAGGUGGCAUUAGUGUUCCGAAUCAACUCACUUGUUCCAUUGGCUGGCUUCAUCCAUUUGUUGAGUAUCCCAGGAAUCUUCAAGUCCAUCGAAAUAAACACCUCAGCCAUCAAUCUCCCAGUGGCAGAAUUGAGCCAGCUUAGCCAAUCUUCCCUUAUCGAUUUGAUCACUAAUUUCUUGGAUCUCCAUGGUGGUUCAGCAUUCACCUUCCAUGACUACCAAAUCAUUGGCGCCAUAUUCGAUCACGUCAACUUUUCCAUUCACCUGGUGGAAUCCAGUGAAGACUAUAUAGACGAUGAUGACCACGAUGCAUGCUCCAUUGCAGCUCCCGAGUCAUCAAUCCAAACCAUACAGUUGCUCUACACAGCUUCAUUUGUGAACGAACUAAUGAACUACUUUCUCACCCACAAAGACACUCAAAAAUCGGACACUGCCGUGAAAAUCGUAUCGGGAUUGUUCAUGUUGCAUCCAAAAUCACAAUCCAAACUUAGUAUGUGGAUAACAAUAACUCCAGGAGCCUUCAAGUGGUUUCAUGAUGAGUUAAAGAAAUACGAUAUUUAUCAUCGUAUUCAAAAAGUUCAUGAGAACGGAAAUGAUUACUUGAAGUUAGAAGAGCUUCGCAGAUUACUCGAUUCCGACGUAGCCAUGGAAGGUCUGGACCUUACUGGUGCUACCUCCCGUCUGAGCUUCUGGAAAGCCAUAUAUGCAUUCGAGGAAUUAUACUCAUUCUGGCUUAUAGUUUCAAAUGACUUGGAAAGUUUUCAUGACGACAAAUUGAAUUUAAAGGAAGCAUUUGAAUUUUUGAAGUUCUUAAGGGGGUUGUGUCUAACCCUUAUUUUCAUACCCCAAGAAAAUGAAGGCGAAAUAUCAAGUAUCACUGCAAAAUUGAAGAAUAUAUCUAUUAGUUUGCUCAAUCAGUUAUAUUUGAAGAACUUAAGAUUGAAAUUUUUACCAGAAAAUUUUUGGGAACCAAAGCAAAUUACCUUCAAUAUUGAUUCCUUAAUUCAGAUAACUAUUGAGGAAGAACAAAAGUCAGAUGAUGAAGAUGCUGAUAUUGAUGACCGCGAUCUCCAUGGGCCCGAAUUCAGUAGUCCAUUCGCAGAUCUCAUUUCAAAGUUACAAAUUUUAAAGUCCAUUCCAUUUUUCAUUCCAUUUAAAGACAGAGUAAAAAUAUUUCAGAGCUUAAUAGAACUCGACAAACAGAAUAGGAGACCAAUGGACCAUUUUUCUUUUAUCCAAACCGAUAAGCUUUCGGGGGAUAUUAGAAGAGAAUUCUUGCUUGAAGAUGCAUUUAAGUCAUUUUACGAAGUAGGUUCCAACUUCAAGAAUCGGAUUCAAGUCGUUUUCUACAAUGAAUAUGGUGGUAAAGAAGCUGGUAUAGAUGGUGGCGGAAUCACCAAAGAGUUUUUAACAAGUGUGGUGCAGGAAGGUUUCAAUCCAAGCCAUGAAUUGAAACUUUUCAAUGAAACCAGCGAGCACGAAAUAUACCCAAAUAACGAGAUUGGUCUCAACUUGACAAAGAAAAUUGAUACGGAAUAUCAACACUCUAGAUUGAAGUACCUCAAAUUUUUGGGCAUGGUUAUUGGGAAAUGUUUUUAUGAAAAUGUCCUAGUAGAUGUUUCAUUUGCGCCUUUCUUUAUAAAUAAGUGGUGCAAUGAGAAUUUGAAAAACUCGAUUAAUGAUCUUCGCUCGUUGGACAACGAAUUGUUUCAAAACUUAAUGAAACUUGAAAGAAUGAAUGCAGAGGAGCUCAAGGAACUUGAUUUAAAUUUUGCAGUCAACGAGAAUUUGAAUGGUAAGAGUCACGUCUUCGAAAUAUCCAAGAAUGGUGAAUCUCUACCCGUAACUGAGAAGAAUAAACUCAAUUACAUCCACCAAAUCUCAAACUUCAAACUUAAUGUGUCAUUGUACAUUCAAACAAAAUUCUUCAUAGAAGGCUUGGAGGAGAUCAUUUCUCCCAACUGGCUAAAGAUGUUUGACUCAUUCGAAUUGCAAAUGUUAAUUUCAGGAGGGGAGAGCGACGUUAAUAUAGAUGACUGGAAGGACAAUGUUGAAUACGGGGGGUUCUUUGAUGAUGAUUUGACCAUACGUUACUUCUGGGAAGUUGUCAGAGAAAUGAACUCGGAAGAGAGGUUUAAGUUGAUCAAGUUCGUCACAUCUGUCAGCAGAGCUCCAUUAUUAGGUUUCGGUUCUCUUUCUCCUAAAUUUGGAAUCAGAAAUUCUGGGAGAGACAUUGAGAGAUUGCCCACUGCAUCAACUUGUGUGAACUUAUUGAAGUUGCCAGAUUACCAAAAUAAAAAGCUCAUACGAGAGAAGCUUUUAUACGCAAUCAACGAAGAUGCUAGAUUUGAUUUGUCAUAG